AUGGAGGCCAACGCGCAGGACAGUAAGUCUACACCAAACCACGUUAUCUUCAAGAAGAUCUCCCGGGACAAAUCGGUGACCAUCUACUUGGGGAAGAGAGACUAUAUAGACCAUGUUGACCAAGUAGAGCCUGUGGAUGGUGUCGUGCUGGUGGAUCCUGAGCUUGUGAAGGGGAAGAGAGUGUACGUCUCUCUGACCUGCGCCUUCCGGUACGGCCAGGAAGACAUCGAUGUGAUCGGCCUGAAGUUCCGCAGGGACCUGUAUUUCUCCCAGGUGCAGCUGUUCCCUCCUGUGGGGGCCUCGGAAACCCUCACGAAGCUACAGGAGAGCCUGAUCAAGAAGCUAGGGGAGCACACGUACCCCUUCCUGCUCAAGUUUCCUGACUACUUGCCCUGUUCGGUGAUGCUGCAGCCAGCUCCACAAGAUGUGGACAAGUGCUGUGGGGUCGACUUCGAGGUCAAAGCCUUUGCCACACAAGCCACAGAUACGGAAGAGGACAAAAUUCCCAAGAAGAGCUCCGUGCGUUUGCUGAUCCGGAAGGUACAGCAUGCUCCACAAGAGAUGGGUCCCCAGCCGCAAACGGAGGCCUCCUGGCAGUUCUUCAUGUCCGACAAGCCCCUGCACCUCGCCGUCUCCCUCAGCAAAGAGGUCUAUUACCAUGGGGAGCCCAUUCCCGUGACUGUGACCGUGACCAAUAACACAGAGAAGACGGUGAGGAAGAUUAAAGUGCUAGUGGAACAAGUGGCCAACGUGGUUCUCUACUCGAGUGAUUAUUACAUCAAGCCGGUGGCCAUGGAGGAAACACAGGAAAAAGUGCCGCCAAACAGCACCCUGACCACGACACUGACACUGCUGCCCCUGCUGGCUAACAACCGCGAGAGAAGGGGCAUCGCCCUGGACGGGAAAAUCAAGCACGAGGACACGAACCUUGCCUCUAGCACCAUCAUAAAGGAGGGCAUAGACAAGACCGUCAUGGGGAUCCUGGUGUCUUACCAGAUCAAGGUGAAGCUCACGGUGUCAGGCCUUCUGGGAGACCUCACCUCCAGUGAAGUGGCCGCUGACGUGCCAUUCCGCCUCAUGCACCCCCAGUCUGAGGACCCAGAUAAGACCAAGAAAAGUGUUCAGGAUGAAAAUUUGGUUUUUGAGGAGUUUGCUCGCCAAAAUCUGAAAGAUGGAAGAGAAGUUAAGGAAGAGAAGACAGACCAGGAGGCGGCUGUGGAUGAGUGAAGAGGCUGGCUCAGGA